AUGGAUGAGCACAACCGCUUGGAAGUCGCCUUCAAGAGCAUCGUGCAGAAGCGAGAGGACCUGAUUGUGAAGAAGCUGAACAUGUCGGUAAGUUCCCUCAUGCGAAUCUACGAAAUCAUGGACUUCAAGAAGCAGCUUGAAGCCACGACUGACAAGAAGCAGAACAAGUUUGCACUCGCUGAGUACUACAAGCAGGUUAAGCUUGCAGAGACCAGUGAAGAUGUGUCAGUUGCCUUCAUUGAAGUCGCCUCCAUGCUUUUCACUUCCCUGCUCAGCUCCAACCGCAUCCAGGCUAUUCUUUUCCAGUUGGACCAAAUGGCAGUCAACCCUUUGGAUUCUGUCUACAAACUCCGUGAGGUGGCAGUACAGUGCGAGAAGAAGGAGAACUUGAUGCAUUGGGUCCUAUCUCUUCUUGCUGAUUGGUGGUUCCUCACCGACAACAAGGACGCAAUCCCAAUUCGUUCACUGAAAGAAAGCGCUGGAGGAAACGUGUCCCUCAUCAAACUGAUGCUCUUCAAGAAGCAGCUACGUGACAAACUUUUGAGAAUGAUGGAGUCAGAGUUUCCAGCAUGGGAGAGCUCGAUCAAGGGAGAGAUCCGAGGAUUGGUUGAAUCAGUUGAAGCUUGUCGCGCAAAACUAGGCUACUUUGACAGCGACGAUGUCAAGAAGACCUAUGAACCUCGUGGGAGUUGGCCUGAGUCAGCGGACCUCUGGCUGCUGGCCUUCGAGACGCUGGUUUAUGGCUAUGAGCAUGACGAAAUGAUUCGGACCCAGCUUAAGAAUCGUCGAGGUGUUGAAGACAUCCUUGACCAUGGCGACAUCAAGCAUUACAUCGAGAAGGCGAAGGGGGCCUACCAGAAGGAAACCUGUCCACCUUCCGAAGUGGAUGAGGAGGCCAAGAACAACAUGGAAUGUGAAGCUGCUGCAGUGGCUGAAGAGAUGAGCGUGUUGCAGAACCUGUCACAGGCUGAAAACCUUCUACGCAGCUUCAAGCCCAGCAAUGAUGAGGAGGCAGAGAAGAUGCACAAAAUUAGAGCCGCCGUUCGUGUUGCCGAGAGGCGUGCUGCCGGUCAAGUGACCUUGUGCGUGGACUCCCCUGACUGUGAUGACCUAGAAUCACAGCUCAAAAGCUUGAUGGCCACAAAGGUUCGGGGUGAUGUGGACAGCAAAUCUUAUGCCAUCAUCGUGUUUGAUGCCAAGACCUUGUGUGAAAGUGGAUCCCAAGGCAAGUACAGGCUGCCGCCGACAAGGCCUGCUCAGGUUCAACGCUUGUUGAACUCUGUCCUAUCAACCAGGGAGGAUGGUGACUUGGCUGAUGGCGAUGUCUUGAUGGCAUUGGAUGGUGGAAAGGACAAUGAUUGGUGCAGCAAGAACAUCAUCAAACACCUGCCAGGCAAGAAGUACGAGAUCAUGAAGCACGUCGUGACCUACACCUAUGACUCUGUCGAGAAGAAGAUGGAGCGAGCUUCAAAAAGUCCCCUGCAACUUUGUGAGACGGUGUCUUUUGUCACUACGGAACCCUUAGAGUUCAAAGUGCAAGCAAGAUUGGUCAGCUCUGGUAACACCAGGGGAAACGUGAUCGGCCCUUUGACUCAACCUUCAUGGGUGGAUGGCAGUGAGACUUGGCUUCUUCCCCUGCACGUGAAGCGCAGCGUCUUCGGGAAGGACAACAUGCCUUUGCCGGGAGGGGCGUGCCCUGUCCCACGUGACAAAGCGGAUGCCUUGAAGCACGAUGAACUUGUACCAGCCUUUUACCACGAGUCUCCACAAGUGCUGGCCGCUGAGCUUCACCAUUUCGUGCAAGGCCGCAUGGUAUUUGACCUCACUCCUGGAUCUUCUCAUUGGGGAUUGCAAUGCAUUCGGCUGCGAAUCCCCUACAUCGGGAUUUGCAUGACGGAGACGCACAGGGAUCUUUUGAUGAAGAAGCUUGUGAGCAGGACUCUCAGUGGCAUGGCAGACUCCAGCGAUGAGCACCUCUAUGACGCGAGCUUUGCGCAGGAACUGAAAGCUUUGUCGAACAGCACCGAUGCCGAUGAAGGAGGAACGACUGAGCCGAAGUCGAGAAAACGCGGAUCUGGAAAAGAUCCAGCCGGCCCCAAAACCAUCCCCAAAAAACUCAAAAAGGGAGAGCCACCCUCUUCAGGAGCAGGUCCUGCAGCUGAUAGUAGGGACGAGUUGCUGAAGAAGAUCGCGGCAGCUGCAGCUGAGUCUGGAGGGACUGAAGGUGAAGGGGACGCGGCCGCCAAAGAGUGA